CUCACGGGGCGCCGCCAUUUUAACUUCCUGCUUCAAAAGAAGACCAGCACGUCGCACAGUUUUUGUUCUCGAAAAGCUUUAUUGUUCAGCCUAACGCAGGGGUUUUGUCCUGUUAAUUUUUUCUUACAGGGAUCGAACCAACUACCUCCGUUAGUUUCUGAGAGCUUGUAUCGGGUAGUUUCAGCCGGGGAGUCGCAAUGCCGAGCCACCCGCUGCGUGUAGCGGUCGUGUGCUCGAGCAACCAGAACCGCAGUAUGGAAGCGCACAAUAUCCUCAGCAAACGUGGAUUUGAUGUGCGUUCAUUUGGGACAGGGUCACAUGUGAAGCUACCCGGUCCUGCCCCGGAUAAGCCCAAUGUGUAUGACUUCAAAACGACAUAUGAACAGAUGUACAACGACUUGGUCCGCAAGGACAAGGAACUAUACACACAGAACGGCAUCCUCCACAUGCUGGACCGCAACAAGCGCAUCAAAUCAAAGCCGGAGCGGUUUCAAAACUGCAAGGACAAGUUUGACCUGGUCAUCACAUGUGAAGAGAGAGUGUAUGACCAAGUGCUGGAGGAUCUGAACUCAAGAGAGCAGGAGACUUUGCAGCCUGUACACGUCAUCAAUGUAGACAUUCAGGAUAACCACGAGGAAGCCACGCUGGGCGCCUUCCUUAUCUGUGAGCUGUGUCAAUGUAUCCAGCACACUGACGACAUGGAGAAUGAAAUCGAUGAGCUCCUACAAGAGUUUGAGGAGAAGAGCAACAGGCCUUUUCUUCACACUGUCUGCUUCUACUGAUGCACAGUAGAAAUUUGCAAUAAAACACAGACCCAGAUCAUAAGCAA